AUGCGACCGCAACAGACUGGCACAAGCUCCGUUCUGGAUAACCACAAUACCUCGACUGCCAAUAUCACUGCUGCGUAUGAGUUGGCCGCCAAUGCCGCGCGAGAAAGCGAGCCCUUGGAAUCGAUGAAAAAGGAUCAUCAGCAUAAGCUGCCGUAUUCUCGGGCAUUCUUCCUCGGCGCAGAGCUUCCUUUUCCACUGGCAUUUCAAGAACAACGUGCAGUCAACAUUCCAACCCAUGACGGAAAUUCGUUUACUCGGUUGCCAGAAGAAGUUGCGAAUCAGCUUGUGAUUGUAUAUGUCGACCGUAUUCUACCUCACUACCCGUUGUUCUCAAGGCAGGAAAUGCUCGAAAUGUUCCAGCGCUUCAAAGAAUCCAAUAACGAUCAGGCGGAGGUCAAGUCAGAGGAACAGUUCACAAUAUGCAUGGUCAUGGCUAUUGCAACACUCUCCUCAAAGGCUAGAGACUACCGAAAGCUGGUCUCAGUAGCGGAGUCGCUGAGGCGUGAUGCUUUCGCACGAUUGGAUUGGGAACAGAGCUUGACUGGAGCUACGACCACGACGAUCCAGCAACUCUUGCUGAUUGCUCAGUACGGCUUUCUCUUUCCUGCUUCUACAAACCUCUGGCAGGUGGUCGGAGAUGCGGCGCGAGUUGCUCUGGGGCUUGGUUUGCACCAAGACACCGCGUCAGAAUGCGGCAUGACUGAAGCGAUCCUUGAUUAUCGGAAGAGGCUGUACUGGACACUUUACAGCAUUGAGAGAUCAAUUGCAAUCACAUCCCAUCGGCCUUUAGCCGUGGCAGGGGACCAGAUUCAUCUCCCCUUUCCCUCUUUCGAGCAUGAUCCAGAAUGCAACAGGUCGCUAAUAUUGCACACUUCAGACGAGACACACGACCAGCCUCUAGCUCCUCAUUCUAAAUUGGGGUUCAAUGAUACCCUCAAGUUUCUAAGACUCCAAUCGGAAAUUUGUUCUGUCAAUAUCGGAAUGCGUCCAAUCUCUGAUAGCAACAUCUCAUACGAGGAUUGGCUAGUUGACGUUGAGAGACGAGUCCGGGAGAUCAAAGCUGGAGUGGCUUCUACCAGUAUAAGCCAGUCUAUGGAGUGGCACACGAUGCUUAUCCUCCAUAUGCCCUGUGCGCGCAACCCCAACCCAGCUGAGGCGUCUGUUCUCAAAUAUUUCAGAGCUGCUGUGUGCACUGUGAGGGGAUACUGGGAGCUCAUUGUCUCCAAUGAUCUGGACGAUCCAUGGCACGCGACUCAUCGUUGCUACGAAGCUGGAAAUCUGAUUUUAUAUGCUUUGUGGCACUAUCGUUCUCUUAUCCGCCGAAACCACACAAUCGCGCAAAUCUUUGAGGUUGUGCACCAGAUAUCCAGCAUAUUCAUACUCCUUGCCAAGCAAUGGCCGGCAGCCCAACAAUGUGGUAUCCUGUUCGACCGAUUAAGAAAGGGACCGUUAAGCUUCUUCAGAGACGACAACUCUUCGGACUCAAGUCUGGGAGUCGAAGCCAGACAGCUGAAGGAACUAGUGUUUAGAGAGAAUGCAGACGUUCUUUAUGCCCGCGAGCAGCCGGUAGAUACGUCAUCUCACCCGACAUUGGACGCGAUAUUCCCCGAUUUUGGAGCCGACUCCCUCUCAUUUGAUAACGGCGCCGACAUUCUUGAAUUUUUCAAUUUGUUUAACGAUUCAAAUAUCGAGUGCUUUGAUGCUACAGCUAUUGACCUAGAAGACACCCAGCUAGGAGUCAGUCAACAGCCGGCGCCCUCUCUAAGGCCUACUUCUAUAUUGUCAGACCAAAUACCGGCAAGCAUGGUUGACAAAGCUCAACUUAGGAAUGCAAUGGAGAAAUUACCGGUAUGUUCUCACUGCAAGCGGAGAAGGAUUAAGUGCGACACGGACAUCCCGGCAUGUCGAAAUUGCACAAAGCUUCGCAAGGACUGUUGUUACUGGGAUAAUGCACUGGGUGAAGAGACUUCGCGGAAACAUCUUCACGCCCUGAUUCAACACGCGGAACGACUCAUCAACGAGACUGAGGAGCUAUCACGCUCUCCUGAAUCUGGCAACAUUGCCCCAGAUGAUCCAAUGGUGCAGAACAACGCACAAACUAGCUGUUCACAGAGCUCUUCUCUGUCGAGUAUUCUAUUUCAGAACCCUUCAGGCGCAAACAACUCAAGCGAUACGGUCUUCUUUGGCGCCACAAGCUCAUUUGUUCGCCUAGCAAACGUCAUCCAAGGGUCUGUUUCCUUGCCUACGGCUAGUGAUGCAACAACAUCUGUGCCUCAAGUAGCAAGAUUAUUUGAAUCCGUUUGCGGCUCACUCACUGUUGACAUCACAGGCACAAUGCCAUUCUCUGAGGCGCAGAAUCUAACCUCACUUUACUACCGGUCCAUCGAAAUUACCUAUCCAAUUCUGGGCCAAGAACUCAUCUCUCAAAUCCUCGAUCAAGUCUACAAUAGCAGCUCCGCGACGACGGAGUAUGAGAACCUGGCGCAAAUUCAUCUACACUUCAUGCUCGCUAUUUCCUUGGCGCUUCUGAGCCCUGUGGAUCCAAGGCUGCAGAUGUUUGCAGAUGCGUACUUCGGCAAAGCCAUGUCUUGUGGUACUUCCAUCGACCUGUUCAUUCAUUCUACUAACCAGUCACUUCAAACGACGCUGCUUCUGUGCAUUUACGCAUGGUUGUGUCCAAGUGCCAUUGAUCUUUGGAGGGUACUGGGACAUGCCUCGCGGAUGUACCUAGACAUCAUCGAAGUUCACGGGUCGGGUCAGACGGAACCUGGCGAUACCGACAUGCUCUAUCGCACCCUGUAUUCCCUGGAGACACAGACCGCGAUAGCAUUUGGCAGGCCUUCUCAGCUUCCAGACGUCAAAACACUGUCGGUUUGCUCGCCGGACUGGCUAUCGACCGCAGCAGGGGACAUGGACCUACCAUCAAUGGUGUACCACCUUGCACGGCUCAAGAGUCGCUUUCACCGAGACAUGAUUGGCAAGCACGGGACUUCAUCUGGGCACAGUCUCAGCGUUUCAAGAGCGACUGACUGCUCCUGGAUGUCUUCUUAUAUUCAUGAAAUCCGCAUUUGGAUCGACAAAUGGAACACACAAGUCGACGCCCUUUUCAUGGGGUCCUUCGCACCUCAUGACUAUGCCGGCCUCCAACAAUAUUUCAAGGCUUGCGGAACAUUUCAGCAAUGCGAGGCUUUACUACUCGCAAAAGCUGCGGCCGAUGGUCACCACCAGAGCUUUUCUGCUCCGAUCAUCGACUCCCGCGUCAUCCCAAGCUGA